AUGGCAACCCAACGCCGCUUACUUCCGCUCGAACUGAUCGACAAGUGCAUCGGGUCUCGCAUUUGGAUCAUCAUGAAAGGCGACAAAGAAUUUGUGGGCACGCUAAGGGGGUUCGACGACUACGUCAAUAUGGUUCUCGACGACGUCAUCGAAUACGAAGUCACCCCGGAAGGCAAACGAAAGGUGAAGGUUGACCAAGUCCUGUUGAACGGGAACAACGUGUGCUUGCUUGUACCUGGUGGAAACCCUGAAGAAAGCGACGCCUAA